GGGCAAUUUUUAAAUAUAGUUGAAAUAAAUACGCGAAUAUCACUUUGCGUGAAUAUGUGCUUUGAUCAUGAGUCUAACUGGAUAGCUGUGUAACAAUUAUAGUCUUUUAUUGUACGUAAUGAUGAACAGGCAUGGGAAUUGGAUCAAAUGGCUUCUUAUGUUACAUUCGAGCAGGAAACUACAGCACGUAGACCGCACGAAGCGGAGAGGACACCUCAUUCACCUUUUUCUUGGACCGAUCAUGGCCACUCGAAGGCGAGAUGGACGAAACGAUCGGUCCGUGCGGUUAGCCGACGGUGCGGAACCGGAUGGGAACCGGGAGCCGGCACCGUGCGGCGGGACUGGAGGCGUAAGGGAGCCCGUAGGAGCGCUGCCACCAUGGAUGCGGUUGUAUUUUUACGGUAUGCACGGAGUCACGCUGGACGUCAUCCUGUCAUCGGCGCGCACUUUCCUGGAGGACAAUGACUUCAGACUGCUGGGCUUCUCCUCGCCUUACUUCUGUGUCGUUCACUCGAUAACGCAUUUCGCGCUGGAGAAAGUAUAUGCGCAGAAAAGCAGCUUUCGGAGAAGCCCUCUCGUCUUCCACUGUAUCUUCUACCCCUCGGUGUACAUCGGGCUGCAGAUUUUAAUAGGGAAUCCGACCGCCCAUACGGGUAGCUUGUCGGCGACGCAAAUUGCUAUUCAGUACAUCAUUGCACUAUAUUAUUCUAAGGUAUUUUACAGGACGAUCACGCGCCUCCAGUACCACCCCCCCGGGGAUGGUGCGCUGACAGAGAAGCGGGACUCUGACCAGGGGUUGCCCGGCGCCGUGCGGUUCGCCUUCUUCGGCAUGCACGGCUUUCUGGAUGAGGUGCUGUUCACCUCCAUGUGCAACGUGAUGGAGAGACCGGAGCGGAGCCAGGGCGGCUACACGUCCCUGUGGUCCUUUCUGAUCUACGGCAGCUGCGGCGUGGUGGUGGAGAAGCUUUACGUGCACCUGCACCUGGAGCGCGGGUGGAGCGCCGGGAGGAGGCUCCCCGUCUACGUCUUCGUCAUCUACUCCUGGGAGCUGUGCUGGGGGCUGGCGCUGCGCCACUACGGCGCCUGCUCCUGGGACUACACGCACUACCCGCUCAACUUCAUGGGGCUCAUCACCUUACUCUACCUGCCCGGGUGGAUCUUCCUCAGUCUCUACCAGGACGUUCUGUCUAACGUCUUGAUGCGUGUGGUGCUGUGUGCCAAAGAGGGGACGCCCGCAGGGACCGGUGUAAAGGAGAAAUCCUCACAUGAUGUAGCGUAUUAAGUGAUGCUGUAAUAAUAUAACCCAUUGAACGCCCUUCAUAACGCGCCGCGGUGCUCAUUUACUCACACAACUGCAACGGCAUAUAUAAAGACGCGUAACUUAAAACGUGUAUUUCUCCAGAGAAACCAAUGUAGCUGUAAACACAGCUUUAAAACACGUUUACGGUGUGUCUUUUAAUAAUUUUAAUCUUCAGACUUCGUAUCAUACAGCCCGGCGGUACUUUUUAAAUUGAUGAUUCAGAAAAUUGAAUUUUCCAUUUUAGACCCUUGAUAUGCUGUAAUUUCGGACACACUGCACGAGUCUUGGACCUAUGUGAUAGACCUCAAACGGUAGAUCGCGGUAGCAUUUUCCAGUUCCUAUGUCAAAGAUCCAUAGGCGUCUUGUAGCUAUAUAUAAAUAUCCCCCAGUGUCGUAACCAUAUGUAGCAAAAUAAACACAUUUGGUGCCAAAUUUCGUUUUUCUUUUCAUGCAGCUACAAAAAAAAAAAAAAAAACAGGCUGGAGGUGAAGCCCUUGCUAUCCACCGCUUUUCUGAAAGAAACGCAAUGUGCGUUAAUAACAUGGAUAAUAAUAAUAUGGAGACGAUACGCAUGACGGACAGACCUUGCGGAGGUGGUCGCGCCGCUCGCUGGCGCCGGUUCCCGGGGCACAGGGCAGCAUGGAGCCGUGCCAGGGACCGUCCUUUGUGUCUGCCGCGUGGAAAGGGCAGAAUUCACCGCAUUGAUAUUAGUUUUAUAAACGGGAUUUUUCUUGGUGUAAAGUCACGCGUCUCUGAUUCCUACUAUCCAAUUGCCUGAUCCUGAUGGAGUUUUGAGACUUAGGGUGGACCAAACUAAAAGAUAUUUCAUAAAACCUUACACUGUGAUGUUAGUAGUUUUCAAUACAGGGUUUGCUUUUUCUGCAGAGGAUCGAAGCAAAAACCCAACGAUCCGUUGUUUUAUUAAACAAUUGUAAUACUUUUUUUUUAACAGAUCUAAGCAGUAUCUUGCACUGUUUUAUCUCUUUGGGCAUGGUUUAAUCUUUGUACCAUAAUUCGGGGUAUUGCUUGGUGCUCUAAAUGUAUUUUAUUAUGGAAUGAUGUCAAUCAGUUUGAUAAUGUAUUUUUUUCCUCAGGCCUUGAUUUGCAGGCAAUAAACUUGUCUGGAAAAAAACAG